ACUACAAAAUUACAGAGACUGUGUUUGCUUCCAGAUACCACAAGGCAACCAAGAGUCGGAGAAGUGAAUGGCAAAGAGUACCACUUUGUGACCAGAGAACAAAUGCAGAAAGAAAUUGAUGCUGGCGAAUUCAUUGAGCAUGCGGAGUUCUCUGGAAACAUAUAUGGAACAAGUAAAGCUGCGGUGCAGGCCGUGCAGGCACGGAACCAGAUCUGCGUCCUGGAUAUCGACUUGCAGGGCGUCAAGAACAUUAAGAAAACUGACCUGAAGCCGAUCUACAUCUCUGUCCAGGCUCCGUCCAUAGAAGUCUUGGAAAAGAGACUGCGCGACAGACGGACGGAGUCCGAAGAGAGUCUACAGAAGCGGCUGAACGCCGCUCGUGUAGACAUGGAACUUAGUAAUGAACCUGGCCUUUUUGACCUGAUCAUCAUCAAUAAUGAUCUACAAAAAGCCUAUUCUGAACUGAAGGAGAUUCUUGCAGAGGAAAUCCAGAAGAUCCAAGACUCCAAGAAUUCCUGAGUUCAGUCUGCUUGGCCGCCAUUCCUAACGUGCUUCACAGCAUUCUGUUCCAAGAGAGACAUUCCCUUUAGCCUGAUCCCCUUCUGAGUUACUAUGACAUUUAUAGUAAAAAAACCAAAACAAAAGCAAAACCAACCUUAUAUUUAUAUUAGCCGGGGCUUCUGCCACUUUGUGUGCGCACGCUAAAGCGUCCAGUGCUCUUCUAGGUUUGCAUGGAGAUUUCAGACAGACAGUCUGAAAGUCCCUGUACUGUAUUUCCUGAGCAGAAUUAUGCUGAAUUUACUUGUAUAGCCUGAUCGUAGAUACAGCCCAUGCUGAUACAAUCAGUGCAUGUAGUGUGUGAAACUGUAAGCAGUUGUCUCCUCCGUAGCAUUUUUGGUGGAUACUCCCUUCCCAGCCCUGGGCUGCCUGCACCAGAGGCCACCUGCAGAGGGAAACUGCUUAGUAUGACCUGACUUGAUCUUCUUCCUGCAGACAAAUAGGUUCAAGUGUGAAGUGUCAUCAGCUGGCCUGAAGUGACCAACUGAGAGAAGAGAUGCAACUGAAAAGGAAAGAGACGGGCUGAAGACAAACUCAGAGAGAGGACGGUGCUAACGCUGGUGCCCCCCUUCUCCCCACCAAAUGUUCCACUAAGGAUCAUAGAAUAUCAGGGUUGGAAGGGACCUCAGGAGGUCAUCUAGUCCAACCCCUUGCUCAAAGCAGGACCAAUCCCCAGACAGAUGUUUUUGCCCCAGAUCCCUAAAUGGCCCUCUCAAGGAUUGAACUCACAACCCUGGGUGUAGCAGGCCAAUGCGCAAACCACUGAGCUCUCCCCAUUGAAAGCUCCCACUCGUUCCCUUCUGUCCUCCCAUUAGGCAGUGGCUCCAGCCACCAUUCCUUUAGGUGGUUGACUGGCAUUGUCAGCAAGUCUCUCUGCUUGAUCUCGAUGCUGCUGCUGGCUAGCUCUCCUUUCAGCAGAGCUUGGGUUGCUCCAAACCUCAGUCCUUGUGCCCAGGACCUAGCCAGGUGCACUGCUGGGGUUGCUUGAAAAAAUUGGAGACCCACUUAAUCUACCAAGAAAUAAAAUCAUGUCCUGACUUCUUCUGGCUCAAAGGAGUUCCUAGGGGAGCAAUUGUUCAGCGCCUGCCCGCCUUGAAAGACUGUGGGGUGUGGUCAUAUAUGUUAUUCUGUAUGAAGGCAGCGGUGGAAAGGUGUGGGUGUUCCCAAGUUCAACUCUUUGGGGAAUUUCUUUCCAGGCUGUGCAGUGCUUUUAUUCCUGGAAGAAAUGUAAAAUGCCUCAUUUUAUUGUCAGAACAGUUUCUGAGACCUCUCUGCCUUUAAAACUUCAGGGUUUCCCUUCAACUUGAACAUCUUAGAGCCAGCUUAAUUCUGAAAGAUCCAAACCAUUUAACACCUUUUCUCCUUGAUGGUUUUCCAAAAGGAAACAUUGUGGUUGUACCUACCAUUCCCCAGGUUAUCCCCCUUCCCCACCACCACCUACACCCAUACAGUGAAUGGUAGAACAGUAACGUUCUUUCAAUGUCCAUUUCCUCACAAAAAUUGCAUGUGAUCUGACAGCAAUCUUCAUCCUGGUUUCCGGGAGGUUGUUCAUUAAUUCCAAAGUUUUCACUCUCAGGCUCAUCCCAACAUGGAUUGGGGUGGAAUUAGCAAUAUCAUCUGUGCUGGGCCCUAACAACUCCAACUGUUAAGAGGAACAAUGAGGACUGAAAUCUUGCUUUCCUGUCAUUGCCCUGAAUCUGCAGGCAGACGAGCUCUAUGUCUUAACUGAGUGAUCUCUGUAUUCCAGAAGAACUGUGUGUGUCUUAGGAGGGAAAUUUCUCACUUAUGAAAUAAUGCAGCAUGGAGGGUUAGGGAUAGCGGGGUGGUGGUAAAAACACCUGAGCCCUGACUACCCUAAUGCUUCUACAAGUAGUGAAUUAAAGAUUUGGUUUUGUUUUUUACUUUA